CUUGUUCUGACUCUCACACUCAACAUGGCUUUUAAGGUAAUGAUGGCGGUGGUGGUGGUGAUGGCGGCAGCGGUGAUGGCGGCCCCACAGUACAACUACGAGCCCCCUGCAGCACCCUCCUCUCUGUACGAGACCCCCGUACAGAGCAUUGAUAACCCCUCGCUGGAGUAUGGGCCCCCCCUCGAGGCACAGCCACAGAACCUGGUGCCCAGAGUGGUGACGCCCCCCUCCACCUCCGGCACCACCGCGAUGGCCGGCAUGCCCUACGACUUCCAGUGGGACGUGCAGGACACAGACAGCGGCAACACGUUCAGCCACGUGGAGAACAGCGACGGCCAGACCACCCAGGGGGAGUACCGCGUCCUGCUGCCUGACGGACGCACCCAGGUGGUCAAGUUCUUCGAUAACGGCGGAGGCUUCAACGCUGUGGUCACCUACGAGUAGAGAUUCACUCCUACAUUACACCUCCUCUUCUCGUUCUCUGGUCACCUUCUCUCUCUUUCUCUACUCUUCCUCUUCCUCUCUCAGUCCACACAGCCUACUCCCUCUCCCUCUUCCAUUCCUCAUCUUCACUCCCUUUUCUCUCAUUCACUCUUCCUUCAUAACCUCCUAUACUUUAUCCUCUCUUCCUCUCCUCACAUCUCCCUCUUUACACUUCCUGAUCUCCUCUCAUUCCACAAAACCUACUACCUCUCCUUCCUUCAUUCCCUACAUUCCUUUUUUUUUUUCAUUCAUUCACUCUUUUACUGUCUCUUCAUAACUUCUCUCUUUCUCUCUUACAACCUCAUGUAUUAUCUUUUACUUUCUCUCCUUCCUUUCGAAGUCCACCUUAACUCUCACUUUCGUACGUCCUCGCCAACCUUUGCCAACGCCUCUCCCUCCCCCUCCUCGCCUCCCCAGCGCCCCCCACACGUGGGGGCCCUUGCACGGCCCCCACCCAGCGGCGGAGGCCCAGACAGAAGGACGUUAAAAAGAUUUAUCUGUCUUGUUGCGUCCCUUUAAUUCUCGUGGAAUCUCGUUUAGUGAUAAUUAUACUCUCUCUCUCUCUCUCUCUCUCUCUCUCUCUCUCUCUCUCUCUCUCUCUCUAACACACCUGUGCCUUUUGUGAGAGGUGUCUAGGCCUGUCUCUCUCUCCCUCUCCCUCUCCCUCUUUUACCAACCUUCCCUCUCUCUCUCUCUCUCUCUCUCUCUCUCUCUCUCUCUCUCUCUCUCUCUCUCUCUCUCUCUCUCACUCAAGUCUCUCUACUGCUCUCCCAAACUCUCCCAGUUGAUAACGGCUGCGCUCAUUACAAUGAUUAUUCUUAAAGUAUUUAUAUUAUUAUUAUUACUAUUAUUAUAUUUUGUGAGAUAAGUAGUUUCAUAAUAAAAGGAAUGAAACACUG